GGGGCGGGCGCCAUUUUCGGCGGGUCGAUGGAGGCGGUAUGGGGCGGUAUGGGGCGGUGUGGGGCGGUAUGGGGCGGUGUGGGGCGGUGUGAGGCGAUGUGGGGCGCGGGACCCCCCCCGUCCUCCGCUGCUUCUCUCCCGCAGGACCUGCAGGAGAGAACGGCGGCGCUGCUGAGGAGGAGUGAAGCUGUGCUGAAUCAGCGCCCGCGGACCCCCCGGACCCACCCAGCUCCGCCCCUUUGUGGGCGUGGCCAACCGGCCGGUGGGCGGAGCCUGGAUGAGGACCCACUGCAGCGCUGGAGGGCAAACAGGAGGCGGGGCUUCACGGAAGCCCCUCCCCCUGUGACGUCAACACGGAGGCGGAGCCAAUCGUUGGAGGCGGCAAGAGGGGCGGAGCCACGGCGGCAAAGGAGCCAAUCAGAUGAGACCGUCCCUCCAGCGCCGUGGGGCAGCGCCAUGGGGCAGAAAGCGGCCGCCAUCGAACUGCUGCAGGAAGCAAUGGGUCCGUGGAAGCGCUGUUGGCCGCCCCGCCCCCCCCGCUGUAAAAACUCCGCCCCGUUUUGUCCGCAUUUCUCCGUUUUUCGCCCCCAAAACGCCCCCAAAAUGGCGGUGGCCCCUUUAAGGACUACGAUUCCCAGCAGCCCCUGCGCGACAAGCCACGCCCCCAAGAUGGCGGACACGCGUGCUUCCGGUUUAAGCCACGACCCAAGAACUGAUGGACAGCUAUGCUUCCGGUUUAAGCCACGCCCCCAAACUCGGACAAUCGCACUUCCUGUGUAAGCUCCGCCUACAAACUGACGGCUUACCGCACUUCCUGUUUAAGCCCCGCCCCCAAACUGGCGGACAAGAAACUGCUGGCGUU